UGGGCGCAGCGCUGUCGUAAACAGUCCGGCGGUGCGUCGUCGCGACGAGCAAUGCACGUACGCUGACGCUCGCUGCCCGUUGUUUAUCGCUGCCAACGGCGAGCCACGCAUUGGCCAUUGACGCGCGGCGGCUGUCGUCAUCCGAUCCGGCGCCGGAGAUCGCGCUUGUUUUCGUUUGCGGUCGGCAGCAGACGACGGCUCCGUGAUGUCGGCCUCGGCACCUCCACUCACGGGAUGCCCCGCCGUCUCGUCUUUUCCGCCGUCUUACAGCGAAGCCACCCGGCAGCACGCGUCCCUGGGCGGUGGACUGAGUUUCGUGGAUUUCUUGCCCUACUGCAUCAGCUCGGGCGGCCUUUUCAGCACCCCGACUUUCGAGCCGUUCAGGGUUCUUCUGCAGCGUGCCAACGACUGGCUGAAGGAGAACUGCACCUGGGAAGUGAAGACAUGCGAGAGCGUCGAGUUCAAGACCUCGUCCGAGGUGGUGAACACUGAGCGCAUGACCUACUACGAGUACGGGGAGCAGAGCACCCGCUAUGUACGCAGCCUGAGAUUGUGGCUGGUUCCUCGGCUCGACCAGAGUCGACCUGCCCAGCAGCUGGAGUACCGAAACCUCAUCCCGCAGCAGACGGGUCAUGCGGGCCUCUUCGGGAUGCCCACCUUCGAGACACUGCACGAGCUUCUGGAACGCUACAACCAGCAGUUAAUGCACCAGCCUGCGCCGGGCCGUGUCCUGGCAGUGGAGACGCAAGAGAUGAAGAUCCCCAGCUACUCAAACUUUGACCCCGACAGGUCGUACUGGUCCGAGUAUGGUGGGCGCAACCGACACUUCCUCUUCGUAGUCCGCGUCUUCUACGAGCUCGGCUCCACGAGCUGUGAGGAAAUCGGUGUGGCAGACUUUGUGCCCCUGCGGCAGUCGACGGGUGGGCUCUUCUCGUUCCCGAGGUACGAGCCGUUCAGCAACGUCAUUGGCCGCGCGGCACAGUGGUGCUCCCAGCAGGGAUCGCUGCGUUUCUGCAAUGCCCAGUCCCUCGAGAUCAAGCUGAAAUCAGGCACGAUGGUGGACACACAGCGCAUGUCAUACACUGAGCAUGCGGAGCGGACCACCUUCUUUGUGCGGGUGCUGAGGGUGGCCUACAGCAAGGAGCCCAUUCCUGUAGAAGGGGGCCUACCACCUUCGCCUCCUUUAGCUCUUCACUGCAAGACUUUCAUGCCGUUGCAGCUGACGCGUGGAAUCUUUGUGCCCGAGUUUGAGAGCCUGUCGGCGACCAAGAAGCGCGUCGAGGCCUGGAUUAGGGCCACAGGCGCUCGUGUGCUGAGUUGCGAGACAGUGGCCAUGCGCCUGUUCACCGGUGGCGAGGCCCACGCCGGCAUCGAGAGCAGCUUCACGUACAACAAUGGCAACCGCAGCGAGUACUGGAUCUUCGUACUGCGUGUGUACCUGGACGGCUCCUACCGCGAGCCUCCGCAGGAAGUGAUGCCUCCUCCGCCAGAGGUGCGCGACGUCGGCUGCUGCGCCAUUCUUUGAGUCAUUCUCUCGAGCUGCAUGCUUCGAGUCCCUGUAUCUGUCUUCUGCAGAGUGUUUUCUAGUGUAGGCUGUGUACCCUACCUACAGAAGCCUAGAGGUGCUGUGGAAGCGUAGUACUUGGGGAAUCUCCUGGAUGUGCUGUGUGUCCUGUUUACUGGAUGUAGUUCAUCGCGUCAAAUGCGCCCUCUCGCCUGCUUUCUGCCAGCAGCCUAACAUGUUCUGCCGAAGCUCUCUCAUCUCGCCUCUCAGUCCUCAGGCGGACACGCAUCACCUCGUAUUGGGCGAUUUCUGGUGCCCUUUCAGCCUGCUUGGGUGUGGGGUACAGUGCUCCUUGGGUGUACUGUUACACUAGCGAGUGCAAAAAUGCAGGCCUGGUUACCUUACCGAGAGUACCCAGCCGUUACUGUGGGGGUGUCUGCAGAGCGACUUAAUGGUGCCCAUCUCGUGUGAGCGUUCGGUGCCUGUUAAAGUGGUGCCGCCGGGCUUAUCCCGUGCCUGAGACGGCCUUUCCCGUUAAGGCACAUUAUCUCGUCACGUUAUUUUCACCCGGUGAUUGACUGUACGGGUGCCUCCACAUCUGCCCAGCACGGAUAUGUUAUCUUGUUGGACACACUUCCAGUGCAACUUAUCUCGUCAAGCACCGCCAAGUGGCGUGUUUAGCAUAUGAUAGAGGCCCGAUGCUUGGUUCCCUGCUUGCAUUCAACCAAGUGACUGUAUUUUAUUGCACUCGCCUUUGCCUUGUGACCCAGAGGUUAUACCUGUGUACUGUGUUACGUAUAAUUAUUGUGUAUUAUGCAUAAAUUUGCAUAAUAAUGUGAAGCUCUAUGUGCCUUCAGCCGCUUGAUAUGACAAGUAUGAAAAUGUGCCGCUUUGAAUGUUUCUUAGUGUGUUCACAUGUUUAUUGUUCGAUAAGCUGCCUGUAUAGCUUUACUAGUUGCAGUUGCUCUAACGAGCGAUCGUGCGUAAUGCAUUUCUGGCGUGGAAUGGGUGCGUUUCUUUGUGCAUUCACACUAUGCAAUUACGGUGCUUCGCUGAAACUCCAAAUGAAACGCAUUCCAUGGUGACACUACUUAAAGUGCUUGCGUGACGGUGCACAUCUUGGCUCUGACAAACGUCGAGGUAAUCUCGCGACUGUACCUGGAUGCGACAAUAUGAGUCAGCGUUGCACUGAAAGGAUAGUUGGUCACAGGUUUCCUACUGGGCCUAAAUUAGUGACAUGCACGUGUUUUCAUGAUGUCGAGGCACGGUGCUUGAAAGCUGAAGGAUCACCAUGUCGCCCACAAAACCGAGCACAUGGCUGCAACUUCUAACUCAUGACUGUUAACUCAUCCCUGGGUUUUCAGAAAUCAGAUUUUUUUUUCGCCGCCUGAUUACACGUACCACAGACAUUUGUUGCCGAUUGUACUUUAGAAAGAUACAUGACAUAGCUAGUGUUUCAGUGCAGAGGUGCCACGUUCCUCCGUGGAUUGUAUGUAGGCGUUUGUUUGUGGUGCACAGUGUACCAGUGUCUGUAUGCGGUGUGUGUGUUGGCUAAAGGGAUACCAAUGUGCAGGUGCGAUACUGAGCGCAGGCUUCAGCUUUUCCUGCCUUGGCAAAGCUCAGUAAGUUAACGCACUCAGCGUGUCGUAUACACGCGACAGGGCCUUGUCACAAUCGUACUUUGUGAUGAUAGCUGCGUGUUCUAUUCACAGAUGGUAGCACAUCAGUGUUGAAUGCAUUAUCAUAUUAUCUUUCAUGUUUAACACCAAAGCGUUUCUCCGACAGGUUGGGGAAAGUGCGCACCCAGCUGGCAUCGCCACAGCCACACCUGGUGCACGCUAUCUAAGUAGGCACGAUUGGGCCUCUCACAUUGCUUCAUUCUUUACAAUGCGGCUUGGCUACUCCACAAUGCAGCAGCCCUCCAUAACAACAACCUAGCCUAAAGAAACAUUAUCAUGUUUCCAUAUAAUAUUCAUAGGGAUCCUGUGCAAAUUGAAAAAAAAAUUUUAUGUAAUGCAAGAUCUGACUUAAACAAGAUGUGGCAUCUCUUGUGCUGUUCUUUUUAUUUACUUAACGAAUUAUGUAAUUAUCACUGUUUCAUUCGCCAGUUUGUUUUUCUUGCCUGUCUGGGCAAGUCACUGCGUCAUGUGUUAUGUGGAAUGAUCAUAACCAUGAACACUGAUCUGCUGUGAAAUGCGGUCGAGCGUUAAGAGCCUCUGAGCACAAAAUGUUUUAAUUUUCUGUUAUGUUAAAAUGUGUUGAUCGAGUUACUUAUCCUGUGACUUGUCCUAGGCUAUGGUCUCGUAUAUAGCUAUACAGUCGAUCCUCAGCAAGUCAAUACAUUAAACCCUUGGUAUAGCGAACCCGGAUAUAACCAAACAUUGGUUAUAACAAAGUAAAUUAGAAACAGCCUUGCAAUAGAUAGUGUUAGGGAUAUACCUUUGUAACUAAUUUUCGGUUAUAACGGACUUAUUUUCGUGUAAGAUGCAGCACUGCUAUAAGGAGGUCUGAGUGCGUAAUAAAUUAUCGGAUAUUAUGAAUAUAGGGCAAACCUUGCUUUUUUUUUUUUUCAGGGAUGUUUAUAUUUAUAAGAAGUAUUCAGUACAACAAACUGUAUUAUUGUGUGGGGUAUGCAUUUAUGGUAAUGAGAUUCAAUUGUACAGACGUGUGUGUUUAUGAUAAUGAAAAACUGACUGGCAUGGUUGUUUAAUAUUUCGAGCAUUUUCUCGGACCUGCUUUUAGAGUUUUAUCAUUUCCCUAGUCGAAAAAACUGCAAACAGCACGUUCUAGGGCAUUUAUAGUCUUUCUUUCUUUUGCAAAAUGUUUAUUGCGAAGUUUAUCUCAGUUUUUUUGUUUUUUUUCUGUGUUAUCAGUGGGUCAUGCUGCAAAUGCUGUAGCAUUCAUGUCCAAAUACCAUCAAGUCAUGUUUGACCUCAUGUUUCAUACAAUCUAUAACAUUGUUGCUGCAUCGUUAAGAUUUUAUCUUACACACGGUUCGAAACAGGCAAGACAUUAUUUCUUAGCUUUAUAUGUGUUCUUGAAAGAAUGAAGGAAUGAAUGUACGCCUUUUCUUUUUUUCUAUGGAACAGUCUUGCCCUUAAUAGGCUUAUGUUUUGUGCAUUCUUGGGAUGACUGUCAUAUCUCUAUCUUGGCAGUGAGUCAUGCAACUAGAAUUUCUGGUAUUAGAUUGAGAAAGUUUGGUUUACUGUUGAUUAGUUUCAGAGAUUUACCUACCGUGUUUGUUUGUGAUAGGAUACCAUCAGAGUUUAUGACGUACGCUUACAGUUUACAAAGGUGAGGCGAUAAAUGAAUUGCCUCACAUUAAUGCAUUAAAAAGGGGGAAUUUUGGAAUGACACAAUUUUUUAUUUGCUUUAGUCAGUCUGUCGUAGCAUAUAUAUUUGUGACCUAACUUUGGCCAGGAAUAGCCAGGGCAUACAGGAGAAGCUUCUGCUAUCAGUAUACAUCACUGUGGUGCAUUUGUGCGUUAAUGAACUCGCUUUGAUUUGACAGUUUAGUCUGAACUGUUUGUUUGACAGUUCAAAUCAACUGUUCUGCAAAAGUCGAAUUGGCACGUCUAUAAUUACCAGCAUAAUUAAAACUGUUUUCAUUGAGAGUACCAUGUGUUAUUUGUUCUUAAAACAUAAGGAAGCUCCAGCACCGACAUGUUAUGUAUUCAAAUUCUGUGAAGGUGCUCAAAACCUACAUCUUUUUAUUAGCAUACGACUUCGCAGAAGUAUUUUCGCUGCAGCGAUGAAUUCAUGCAUACUGUCAGAGCUGUUCGAGGAACAAAUUGGAAAAAUGGUGAAUCUAUUGUGUAUGUAUAUAUAAGCACCAUACAAAGUUAUCAAAUCUACUGUGGCCACAAAUCUGUUUAUGUGUUCAGGUAAAUCAGCUGUCAUGUUGAUAAUGCUUUUUUUUGGUGUUUUCACAUCUACAAAACACUGACGUCUGCUGUGCAUUGUAGAAUGAGAGCAAACACUAUGACAUUCUGCUUCUAUUACGUACACCAAGGUGUUGAGGAGCUUUAUAUGUAAAACCGUCGUAUACCAAUGUGUAAUUGUUGUAGCAGGACUGAAUUUACUUCGGAGUGGAUACUGUUUUUUGCCGAUUCGCGAAUGUACUUCUGUCUCAGGAUGGCAGUUCUACGGUGCAGAACGGUAUGCAUGUUGAACAAAUGCAUUCAAUGAAGCGCUUUCGUUGGGUGCUACCACCUGUCUGUAGGAGAUGCUGUGUGAACUGUCUUUGCAUGCACGAGCUGUUUUUGAGUUUUGUCACAAAUGGCUAAGUUCAAAAAUUGUGAUUUAGGCAGGUGAAAGGGCAAUGCAGACAUGCGACCAAUCGUAACCUGGGUCAUUUCGAAAGCCGAAUUGCAGAGUUCAUAGUUAUUAAUGCCAAGCAAAAUAUUAUUUGAAUGUUAAUUAAAAUGUCAAAUGUUAACAAUUACUUAACAGUUCGAAUUAUCAAGGCUAUGUCGAGCUCCAGUGGUAAAAACAAAGUUUUUUCAUGUUUAUUAAGUGAUGCAUUUAGUGCCUCUAGGUCAGCUGGACCAUGUUUAGAAACUUUUGUCGCUCAUUGCACCUCGUAUAGUGUCAGGAGUGCUGACGAGCGAAAACUUGCUUCGCUUCACAGUUAGGAACGUUCUGGCCUAACGUAAUACAGCUGCCUCCUUACCUGUGUGUCUUGUCCACUCUAUCCCCAUAGUGGGAUCUUAAGUCAACAAAUAUUUCAAAUUACAUGGAAUUUUUCUUUCUGAAAAAAUGAAUGUGCCAUGUAUUGUGGCAUCAUACAACUUUUCCAUAUAACCUACUGCCCUCAAGUAGUUAAAUUAUUGAAUGGUUGUGUUACUACCAUUUAAUAAUUUCAGCAAAACUUUAUCAGUGGAGAAGUAUUUCUGCCUCAAUAAAGAGUUGGUCUGUGAGAGCAUUAAGUGUAUUUGUGUCACUGCACUUUUUAUUAAAAAAACUGCCUUGUCCAAAAAACAGGAUAAGAAGUUGUCUUCAAAGCAGCGCAAAAUGCAUCCUUAACAAAAAGAUGCAGACUAAGAAAGUACGAACACACAGUUGUGAGUCGGUGGUUUUCCUGUGUGUUUGUAUUUUUGUGGUCUACGUCUCCACACUGCCUUGAGCUUGUCUAAAAAAUGUUGUAUAGAGAGAUGCAAUGCCUUAGGUUCAGAGUGGUACUGCUCCAAAUGGUCUGCAGACUUUCGUAACUCAACUGUCAGUACAAGGCUCUCGAGUAUUGAACUGAAGAAAUCGAGUGACCAAAUGUAACCAGCAUCAUGGCUCUGCAAAUUGGCAGAAAUGUUUAAUACAGUGUUGGCUCUUAUGAUUAGUAUCCUAAUAGCAUUAUUCUUAGCUGUCGCCUGUUCAUUUCUGCGUUAUGCUACAUUGCAAACUAAUGCACUAACAACAAUUAUAAAUAUGAGUUACUAUUGCGAUGGAAAGGAACCCAAACAGUGGAAAGUGUGGCUUUUAGCCCAGUAAAAUUGUGACAUGCCUUGACUCUCACUCGGUGAAUGUGUGCUUUCAGGUGACAUCACCGUAGUGCUAGAACCUUGCUCCGAUUGGCACUAUCGUAUAGCAUGUACUUAUCAACUUGAAACAUGCACGUAGUGUGAUAGCGCCAUCUAGAUGAAGAUUCUAGUGCUAUGGUGACACGGCCCGAGAGCACAGAUUCGCCUAGCGACAAUCAAGGCACGUCAUAAUUCGACUGGGCCAGAAGCCACGCUUUGCACUGUUUGCAUUUCUGUCAAAUGCAAUAGAACAAGCGUAUUAUGGCAUGACCAUGUACUGUGGCAAUAAAACUUUGCAGUUGAGCACA